CUUUCUGUUCAUACAAAUGGGCAACUUUGACAGACUUUUAGACCAAGCGACGGACGCCGCUCGCUCCGAGUUCGACCUGGGCAUCGCGUUGAUGCUCUGUGAUCAAGUGCGCUCAGAAGAAGUCGCUCCCAAGGUCGCCAUCAAGAGCUUCCAACGUCGCCUGACACACCAGCUGGCCAAUACACGCAUGUACACGCUGAACGUUUUGGACACGAUGGUCAAGAAUUGCAACACCCGCUUCCAAGACCAGUUGGCGAGCAAGACGUUCAUGCUGUUCUAUCAGGGCUGGCUCAAGGACGAGCGAUACGCCGAAGUGCGCGCUCGCGGAGCAGAGCUUCUCCAACUAUGGGCGAUCGGCUUCAAGGACGUGCCGCAGUACGCGAUCGUUUGCUCCACUUGGCAGACGCUGAAGAACGAAGGCAUGGUGAUCUUCCCCACCACCAGCGGUGCUGUGGCGGAUGCGGCCAUGUUGAUUCACAAGGAGCGAGAGCCUGACUGGGUUGACGCGCAAGACUGCUCGGCCUGCCGGACGUCGUACACGGCGUUCAAUCGCCGACACCACUGUCGCUGCUGUGGCAAUGCGUUUUGCGGCUCGUGCUCGUCCAAGGUCUCGCCCAUUCUCAAGUUUGGCAUUGAAAAGGCCGAGCGCGUGUGCGAUCGCUGCUUUGCCGAGCUCAAUCCGACCCUUGCUCCGCCACCCGCGACCGCGUCCAUGACGACCACCACGCGUGGCCGUUCGGGCACUGGCGGUGACGUUGCUACCGCCACGACCGCAUCGCGAGGGCCUUCGGCAGAGGACGAGCGCCGUCGAUUGGAGCAGGAAGAGGAGGAGUUUGCACAAGCGGUUGCCCUGUCGCUUGUCGAGCAGAGCACCCGUGGUACAUCAGCGUCCUCGCGCAGCAACUACCAAAGCUCAUCGCCGCCUCGCGCGUAUCCCUCCAGUGUCUAUCCAUCUGCGCCAGUCACAUCGAGCGCCCCGCCCGCAUCUGGGUACCAGAGCUCGUCGUACUCGUCUGGCAGCUUGGACGAUGUCGAUCCUGUCAUGCAGCGCUACCUCAACCGCCCCCAGUGGGAGCAACGCAAUGCCUCUCUGGCGACCGCAACGCCUCCAGCGCCCAGCGCCAGCGCCAGCAAGCCUCCAGCCCCCGCACCGUCCGCCGUCCUGUCCAGCUCUUCGUCGACGGCCUCGGCGUCGUCGUCGUCGUCGGCUGUUCCUGUCGUCCCCCAGUCUACGCCCGCAGUGCAGGCAUCCGCGUCCCCUGCCGUGACCCAUGUUCCGUCCACCGAAACCGUCCCCACAGCCGCCAACAACGCGGGCGCAUACGAUGCUGGCAACCGUGAGAUUUUGGAAACCAUGAAGGCCAGCCUGACGCUCUUUGAAGAGAAGCUCCAGCAAGCUGCCAUGAAGGGCGUGCCGCUCAACCAGGACGCGUCGGUCAAGUCCCUCUUCCAGACGCUGAGCGUGAUGCACCCGCGCCUGAUGAAGCGCAUCGAAGAGAACGAAGAGCUCCGUCGCGAGUUCACCGCGGUGGAACAAGACCUGGACAAGGUGCAAGAAGCCAAGAAGACACUUGAUGAAAUCCGUCGCCAGCACCAGGUCAAGCUCAAGCAGCAGCAGGAAGAGCAGGAGAUGCUGCUGCGCAUGCAGCUCGAGCAAAAGCUUCGUCUGUUGCAGCAGCAAGAGCAAGAGAAGCAGCAUCACCAGCAAAUGCUGCACCAAGCUUACCUUGUUCAGCAACAAAACCAGCAGCUUGCCUGGCAGCAGCAGCAUGGCCACCACCAGCAGCAAGUCCCGCAGCAAGGUGUCGGCAUGAUGGCAGCAGCCCCUGGUGCUUUUGUUGCGCCUCAGCCGCACCCGUCCAUGGGAUUUGCGCCCUCGCAGGGUGGCUAUCCUCCGCAGAACGGCAUUCCGUUCCAACACGCUCCGCCCCAGCAGCAGCACCAGCAGCAGCAGCCGCAGCAACAGCAGCCGCCUCAACAACAACAACAACAUUCCAUGCAGCCACAGCUACAGAUCCCUGCCUCGCUCCCGUCGCAGACGACUGGCGUGUAUGUGGCGGGCCCUUCCGGCCCUCUUCCGCAGCCGUUGCUUCCGCAGCACGGUGGCGCUGGUGCUAGCCAGUUUCCGUAUGCAGCCGUCCCCCAGCCGCAACAGCAACAGCCCCAGGCCCAGCCCCAGCAACAUCCUCAGCAACAGCAGCAGCCCCCGCAGCAGCAGUCUUUCCAGCCACAGCAGCAGCCACAGCAGCAGCAACCCCCAAUGCAGUUUGCGCAGAACGGCCAGUUUAAAGCUGCUCCGCAACAGCAGCAGCCGCAACAACAGCAGAUGCCAGCUCAGGGCAGCCCCCGCCCUGCUCCCACUGGUCAGCAGUUUGGCGCUGGCUACCCGCCGCAGCAACACCAGCAGUUUGCAAACUAUGGCAGCCCUGUCCACCAGCAACAACAAGGCUAUGGCGCUCCUCCUCAGCAGUUUGCGGCUCCUCCGCGAGCUCCCGACACCCAGGAGCUCAUUUCAUUCGACUGAGAUCUGCACCCGUCCCCGCUCUGUCAUAGACAGUGAUCACGGCUGUCAUGCUCAAGGUUGAAUAUGUUUGGUUCGCGGUUGGCUUUUGCCUUUUACGGCUCUUACUCUCUCUGUCUCUUCCAUACUUGGUUUUUGUGUAUCUGCGUGUUUCAUUUGUCCUCCACUUUGUUCAACAACAAUUGUAUGGAUAUUUCUUGCAAUACGACUCGUGUUAUUAUUGAA